CAAAUAUUCUCACAAAAAUACCUGAGCUUCCAAGUUUUAAAUAAUUCCCAAGUUACCCGCCAACCCACCAACCCCAAUUGAGCGCAACAUGGCUGCGAGAGUGCUGCUGCGACGGCGUGUCGCUGCGCCUUUCAUGGCUGCGACUCUCGCCGGAGGAGCUUUAUUGCCCUCGGUUGCGCUGGCUGAAGCGCCCUCACACGACCAACACCACUCUUCUAAGAAACCUAUCUACGACGACUACGAACCCUCCCUCUCCCCUAAAGCCGUCAACACGCCGGUCCCGUCCCCGGCUUCGGAUACCAUAUCAGAAGCGUCGUUCUCGUCGUCGUCCGCGACGCUGGUCGAGCAGCCCAGAGAGGAAAAACACCACCACAGCCCGACGCCCACCGACCGGUUAGCCGCGGAAAUUGGGAAAGCCCGCAUGUUCCUAUACCGGUAUGCCGUGGCUACGGAGGACGCCGUGAACAACGCCAUCGACUCGGCGUUCCACCUAGAGCAGUCCUUCACCGAGACCAUUGCGUCGCUGGCGCCGCCGCGGGAGAGCGGCGAGAAGCUGAUGCCGGGCUUGGUGUACGUGCUCGUAGCGUCCAUGGCCGGCAGCAUCAUCUCGCGGAACCGCAACGUCAUCCUGCGGGCCUCGCUCCCGCUAGCCUUCGGCGUCGGCGCCGGAUGGCUGGUUCUCCCCGUGACCAUGACCAACGUGUCGAACCUGCUCUGGCGCUACGAGCAGCGGUUCCCCGCCGUAGCCGACGCCCACCUCAAGACGAGGCAGAGCAUCCAGGACGCCUUGCGCUUCGCCAGGGUCCACGUCGACGUCGGGAAGAACUACGUCGACCAGAAGGUCAGCGAAACCCGGGAUAUCGUCGAGAGCUGGGUGCAGAAGGGUAAAUAGAUAGAUUGGGGGAAGGAUCCUUUCGGAAAAAGAAACACUACUACUACCACCACCGCCUUGUAACUUUAGACGAAUAGACAACCAAAAAUUUGCUUUGUUCGAGGCUUGGGCGGAUAUCAACCGAUAUUGGACGUGUAAUUGAAAGUACAUAGGUUGAUAUAUCAUACAAUGUCCAUUGUUCCAUCUAUGAAGAGCUUACCUAUUAGCUGACUGACUACC